AUGUAUGAGAGUCGAAAUUUUUCUCGCUUCUUUGAUGAAUACGACUUACUGCUGGCUUCUAUGGAUAUCGAUGAAAUUUUGAUGAGUCAAUUUUAUCAGGAAGCUUUCGAAUCUUCUCAUAAAGUAGCAGUUUAUGUUAGUGAUGUCCUUGGAAUUAUUGAGAGUUUGUAUGAAGUUUUUAUUUCCACUUUCCAAGAAUUAGAACAUGAUGGGCAUUGGAUAGCUCAGUGUUUGUAUCAAGCUGCUUAUAAAGUCGCCAACGUAACGUCUUGCGGUAGUAAGCCCCAAACAAUAAGACCUGCAAUGGAAGUGUUGAAAGAAUUUAUAGGAAAUAACAUUAUCUGCUGUCAAACCUACGAGCAGGCAUCAACCCUUAAGCAGUGCUGGCGAACUUCAUACGGUCAUAAAGUCAAGGAAAAUAAUGAAACUAAUAUGAAGAAGUAUGAUAUCAAUUAUAAUUCGAAACCAUUAUUAUUUCAAUGGUUUAAUAUAGCUAUGGGUUGGAUCUCCAUUACUUUUAUUUUGUUGACUUGGGGCUUUGUUAUAGCAGCGAGCGUCUCGCUUACAAUGAAAUGGAAAGUUCGAUGUAAUAUAGCUAUAGCAGUCAUUCUCACCGAUGUGAUGAUUGCUGUGGUUAUUCCAUUUCUACCAGCUAAAGAAAAAUCUCCACUGUGCAUUGCUAAAGGCAUAGUUCUACAUUAUAUGAUUCUGGCUUGUUUUACGUGCAUGUUUGUUCAAUGCCUUCACCAAUAUCGUCACCGAAAGAACAAGAAUGCAAAUGAUAGCAGAAUGUGGAUCUUUACCUACUUCCUUAUUGGAUGGAUGCUUCCUACCGUACCGAUUACUGUUGCCUCGCUGGUGGAUCCAUGGAUAUAUCACCCAACUUUAAAAGUUUUUGGUCAAAAUAUGUGUUGGCUGCAUGGCAUCAAUAACUUUUAUUUUGUGAUUCCAUUGCCAGCUAUAGUGGUAAUUUCUCUUCCAUUCUUGAUGUACAGUACUCAGGAUGAAUUGAAGGAAUUAAAAAUUAAAGAUUGGUGUUGUAAAGACGGGGAAGAUAGCAAAGAAUUUCACGCGUUCAAUGCUGAAGAGCAUAGAGCUCGAAAGUAUGUAAAUUAUGAUAUAGCAAUUAUAUAUUUAUCGAUAUUGAUUAAAAAAGGAUCAUCAUGUUUCCAAACGAAGAAAAAACUAAUUGUAGAAGACAAGGUAGAUAUCAAUGAAGCCUUAGAGGCUUUGGAUGACUUCAAUUUCUUUCCAUACUAG